AUGAAGCCAGAUGGGUCAGUAGAGCCCUUCCAUAAGAUUAUGGAAGAAGAGACGAUGAAACGAGGGAAGAGGGUUUCGGUGGCUCAAAUCACGCAAAUCAAUAAAAUUAUCAAGUAUCAUUCGAGUGCAACAAACGACAAAGAUGACGAGAAUACUGACGUUAAUCGUCUGAAUGGCUGGGCCAAUACCCAAGAAGACGCAGACAUUGACAGGAAGUAUCCCACCACCCAUCAGCAGCCUCUUGGCUCUGUUCACACUAACCUACCCGGACAGACUCGAGGAGGGGAUUCGGACAAUGGGGGUGGGGAGAACAAGAAGAGCCCCAAGAACGACGGUGGCGAGGUGGUUAAUACUUACAAUGCUCUGGCAGUACCAGCAACUUGCCCACCUGAAGUACACGACACGACUAGCGAAGGUCUCAUGGUUCCUCGACGAAGCAUUGUUAUCCAGAACCGUGAGAAAAAUGGCUACCGCUCUGCUAUCGCUGAAGCCGAAGAGGUCCAUAUCAGAUCGAUUUUGUAA